AUGUCUCUCACACUCUACGACAUCUCAGUCCCCCUCUUCAUCAAAAACCUCAAGUCAUUAUCAAAAUUCCUUGCAAAAGGACAAGCACAUUUUGAGAAAGAUGAAUCGAAAAUCGUUCAUGCGAGAUUGGUCGAAGAUAUGGGAGAUUUGAUCUUCCAGAUCCAUCGUAUCUCUGAUUCAGCCAAGGGAUUGGCUGUGAGGGUUGGUGGUGCCGAGGAUGUUGUCUUUGAGAAUAACGAGACGGACUUUGCAGGUAUCUACACACGCAUCAACCGCGUAACUGAGAUUCUUGAAUCCCUUCCCUCCACCUGUACAGAUGGCAAGGACGACACAGAAGUAGUGAUGAAGGUCGGACCCAACGAACUAAAAUUCACCGCCAAGCAAUUUGUUCUGGAUUUCGCCAUUCCUAACUUUUUCUUCCAUGUCGUUACUGCUUAUAAUAUUUUGAGAAAGGAAGGUGUACCCGUCGGAAAGGGAGAUUUCCUCGGAAGAACUUAA